UUCGAAGCGUUGCGAGCGAUUGGAAGGGUCAUACCGUGUAAGAAAAGUGCGUUGAAUAAAAAAACAUAACGAAAAUAGAAACAGAAACAGAAAAAAAUAAAGGAAACGGAUUAUUAGAGUAAAGAAGAAAGAAAGUAAAGAAAACAAAUUCAAUUUUUGAGUGCGCAUCAGACGUCGUCGUCGUCCAUCUUGUUGUCUGCUGUCUGUGUGUGAGCGCGCGCGUGUGUGUGUGUGUGUGUGUGAGGGCAUCCGCUUCAGGUUGAGCUGCAACGCAUUUUCGGGCAGAGGCAGGCAACAAAAACAAACAAACAAACAAACGAAAGGACACAAAAAGGACACGCAAUAACAAAGCGAAACAAAGCGCAACAGACGCGAAGCACACACACAGCCACUCAUUGCGGCACCAUCCCCGCCCACCCCGCCCCAACAGUACCCCCGGCUUCCACGAAGUAUUCAGAGAAACCAGGACAUACGUAAUUCCUAACAAAACAAAGGAGAGACAGUGGAGAGGGAAGAGUAGAAGGAACCCCACUCCUCAUGUAAGGAACCCGAAGCCUGAAAGAGCCCCCCCAAAUCGACCAAUUAGCCUAACCGAAAAGUCUUGAAAAUAUCAACUGCUGCUGCAAACUGUAUGACUGAUUUAUCCACGUUGAUCAACCAACAGAAUUGGGGAACAGAAACCCCCCAGAAAACUAACUCCCUAAGAACUCUUUAUAUAGCCUUUACACCCAAGACAACCUUAGCCACCUUUUGGAAGAAUGAAUGGCUUGCUAUCGCUAGAAGCUUCAACUAUUUAUUGAGCCGAGUAGCCAAGUAGUCAGCUAAAACUUGCAAGCAAUCAAUCAAUCUAUCAAUCAAUCGAUAAAUCAAUCAGCAGAUAUACAAAAAAUACACAUAGAAGAGGAGCAGAUACCCCACAGAUAUACACACAUACGUAGAUACACAAACGAGAGUCAUCGUCAGGACCCUGGGGAGAGGAGGAAUGCAGCGGUGUCCCUACAUACAUGAGAUGCGAGAACGUUUGCUGGACCAGCCACGGGAAACACUGCAAUUGGAGAACAUGGAGCGGGCCAAUCUGCUCGACAAUCGACAGUCGGCCUCCGAAUCGAAUCAGGUCGGCACUGUGGUCAAGCUACAGGGAGAUGGUUAUCACACGAGUCCUGCACAUCAGCGCACACCGCUAGUGCCACAUGAUCUGGGCGAGGACUUCAAUUUGGAUUUCGACGAUGACUUCCCGAUCGAUGCCCGAAGACCGAAAAAUGCAAACGGCAUACAUCAACCGGUUCUGACGCGCCCACAGCCAAGGGUUUGCUACACGUUCAAGCCAAAUCCAAAUAAAUACAGUUUUAUGCCAGCGAAAAUAACGGUACAGGGCACAUAUCAAACAAAUCCAAUAACGGGACCAAUCGAACUAUGGACAUCGCUAUUCAUCGUGACCAGCCUGGUGUACGCAAUCCUCCUGAUCGUCGUAUGCAUUGCAUACGUGAUCAGCGAUGUGACCACACACCGCCUGCCAGUGCUCUACUACGAGACAUUCUUCACGUAUCUGUACGGCGUCAGCAUACUCUUCCUCCUCUACGUAUUCUGUUUCCUGCUGCAGGAGAGCUCUUGCUGCAAUGGCGGCAAUGGCAAUGGCAAUGGCAGCAAGCCGAAACCCCAACCCAAGGAGAAGAAAUCGAAGAAAGCCAAGAAUGCCGAUCCAGCCGAUUCGAAGGAAGCGAAGGGCUCCAAGGACUCUGGCAAAGCAGCUGUCAAAGGCGCCGCAUAUCAGGAAGCACCCGUGGAUGCCGAGGUGGCCGUUACCCCGAAGAAUGUACGCAAGAGGAAGACCACUCAUAGCGAUCCGACGCACGGCAGCUUCUUCCUGCGAGUGGGAGCCAUUGCAUUCGGUCUGGGCGCCAUGAUCUACAUUGGACUGGAGUUUGGAUCGUUCUUUGAGAUACCCUUCGAUUCGCCCUGCCACCACAUACUUAUCGGAGUGAACCCGCUGCUGCAGAUGAUUUUCACCUUCAUGCAAAUGUACUUUAUAUUCAUGAAUGCACGGACUAGGCCACCAUUUCAGCUGAACAUCCACCGAUUCAAGGUGAUUGCCCGCUUCGGGCUGAUGCAUGUGGUGGCCACCAACAUUUGCGUGUGGAUCCGGACGCUGGUGAAGGAGUCGCUUCUGGAGAUCACCAUCUGGCACCAGAAGAACGAGGCCGAUCCGGAGGCCUCGUCGAUAGCCCACUCGGUGCGGCAGCAUGCGCUGCGGCAUGCCGGGACCGUUCUACGCACCCAUACCGGCCCGAACAGCGAGUUCGAGGUGCUGGACGGGGAGGAUCUGCUGCCGAAGGAUGUCUACAAGAGCGACAAUGUGCUGUCCAAGCUGGUGCGCAACACCGUAGACGGCAUCUCGAAGAGCCUGGGCAUGGGCGGGGAUGUGGCCAGCUCCACUGCGAGCAGCAUCGUCAGCAGCACCACCACUCGGGCACCGUACACGACGGCCGGCUAUCAAUGGCACAGCACUACUAUGGCCCGCAAGCUGAAGAAGUUUAUCACAAGUGCCACCACAGCAGCCACCACAACGGGCGGCAGCCCCAGCACCAUUGCCAGCACCACCACCACCUUCGGCACCACCACUACCACCACCACCAGCCCAUUGACCACCACCACCGCCAUACCCAUUUCCGCCGGCAGCACUGCAACGGACGCCAUCAGCAGCACGACCAGCGAAUCGCCCUUCAGCGGCCUCCAGCGACUCCUAUCCAGCGCUGCCCCGAGUCUGACGCCAGUCGAUGGGUCCGCCUCCUCGGCGUUGCCCGCUGCUGCCACUGGCAGCGUCUCCUCGUUCUUCAACAGCUUUGCCGCAUCCACACCCAGCACCAGCAUCGGAGCCGCCAGCACGGAGGGCCCGGUCAACAUCAUGAAUAACCUUUUCGGACCCGGAAUGGAGAACAGCUUCCAGACCUACUCGGACAUAUCGCACGAGGAGUCCAGCGGUGGCCUGGUGGCCUUCGAGAAUCUGGAGAGCCUGGACAGUAUCUACCCGGCGGCGCUGUCUUCCAACAUUGGCACACUCAACUCCACCGCCUGCGGGCGCAUCGAUAUUAUGGGGACCAUUGUGUACGACUCGGCGCCGUAUCUGUAUCCGUUCAUCAUUGAGUAUUCGCUGAUCGGUGCGGUGGUUUUGUAUGUCAUGUGGAAGCACAUCGGCCGCUAUCCGGGACGGAUGAACGACGAGGAUCUGGAGCACCGUCUGGAGGUGAUGCUCUCACGUCGUGCCGUCGCCAUGGCGCAGCAGGCACGCUCCGGUCGCGUCGACUGCGUUGGCUCGUCGAAGGGACUGUUCUUUGGUCUGCUGCUGUUGGUCGGCGCCCUCAUUUGCCUGAUACUCUUCUUCGUCUUGGUGCGUCAUCAGCAGUUCUCGCUGUUGGCCAUUUACCUGGCCGAUGCCAGCCACUGCAUCCUCAUGGCCUUCGCCAUACUGGCCAUCAUAGUGGGCUUCAUCAGAGUAAAGAACCUUAAGUUCCGCUGCGAAGAGCAAUCCAAUCUGAACGACAUCUUGUUGCGCAUCUCGGCCUUCGGCCUCUUCACCUACUCCGUGUUCAGCAUCAUUGCCGGCAGCCUCAAGGUGCUGGAGAGCGAGCCCAGCCUCCUGGUGACGACCACCGGCGGUGUGGCCGUCUUCCAGGUGAUCUUGCAGCUGCUCUUCAUCGCUGACGUAUCGCGGCGUCGCGUCCACUUGCCGGAGCACGAUCGCAGCAAGCCCGGCCGCCAGAUCGUCACCUUCCUACUCAUCUGCAAUGUGGCCAUGUUCGCCAUCUACACAUUCGAAGCUCAAAAAGUAUUCGCCAAUCCUGUAAGUAGAUAUGUUCAGCUUGACUUCUAUGGCUUUGUGCCCUGGUCCAUCAUCCAGCGCAUUACACUGCCGCUGUGCAUCUUCCAUCGGUUCCACAGUGCCGUGACACUCGCCGAAAUCUGGAAGACCACCUACAAGGCACGCCUGGAGUAAGCAACGAGGCGGUACGCAGGCUGCAGUCCCCCAGGCCGCUGGAUGUCGAGGGAGUUAUGAAAAUGCACCAAAAAAAAACCAAAAUGUAGCGAACCCAAAAACCAAAACGCAAACAGAAAUCAAGUGAAAAAAGUUAGUUUCUAAUUACGUAUUAAACAUUAUGCAAAAAAAACCCUACCAUAUAAUUAUAUAUAUUAUAUACUUUUUUUGUUUAUGGUUUAUGUUAUGUUAGGUUAAACCUAAAGCAAACGCGAAACCAAUGCGAAAAUUCAAACGAAUCGAACGAACGAUAUCGAAACGAUCGACAAACGAUAAGAGAGAGGGCAUAUGCAACCCUGCUUCCGGAAUCGCCGGAUGAUCGCCUAAUGCUUUCUCCAUUUGCUUUUCUUAUUUUUUAGUUUGUUAAUCAUGGGAAAAACUUACGGAAUCUAAGAACUAAGUCAUAGUGUUUACAGAACCUGCACCCCGAACCCACUCCCCAGAAUCACAUGGCACACGAAUACGUUUAAUCUCAGUUGAAUAUUAAAUUAUUAGUUAAUUUCUUUAACACGCUGCAAUACAAUACCAAGAUAAUAUUAAUUUUAUAAUUGUUUUAUCAUUAUCCAAACAUUAAAAAAAAAAAACAAAAAACGAAACAAAACAAAACAAAACAAAAAAGAACAUAAAAAACCAAUUAAAAUUCAUAUAUCGAAUAAGACGUGAAUUAUUCUACAAAAUGGUUGUUUACUUUUCGAGUUUGCUCAAUGAGUAGGUAAGGAAUAUCCCUCCUGGGAGUGGAACGACGACCCCCUAGACACACACAGACGCACAGUCACACCAACACACAGGACACAGACAAACAUAUAUUGCCAUGAAGAAGCAGCAAACCGGAAACGGAUGUGAACACAUUUCAACUUCAAUCUUUACCAAAAAAAAAACAAAAAAAAAAAACAAAAACAACAACCAGCCGAACAACAACAAAACUGUGAUGAAUACCAUAAAUUUGUUCUCUUCAUGAAUAUCUCUCAUUUUCUUCUCUCAUUUUUAUCUGCAAGAACUUAUGAGUUUUUUGUAUAUUAAUUAUAUUUUCGUGCAUUUUCAGCUGCAUUUCAGUUAACGGUCGCAAAAACUUUUGUAAGAAUUUAAGCGAAACACGAAUGGCGUUGCAACAACUUCAUGGCACCAAAAAAAAAAAAACAAAAACAACAAAAAACUAAAAACUAAAGAAAACCAAAUGAAAAACCAAAUAAAUUGUGGCAUUCUGAGGCCAAAAAUGAAAAAAAAAAUGAAAAAAAUAAAAAAAGAACAAAACACAUUUUUAAUAUACAUUAUAUAAAAGUUUAUAAAUGUCCAUUUUUUGAUUAUUAGUAGUGAUGUUAAACGAAAACCAAAAAGCAACAAAAGAAAGCAUAAUUAACGAUAAACAUAAUACUAAUAAUAAUUGAAAAAGAAAAAAUAUUGUAUGUAUGUUAUAGCAUAGGAUCGAAGCGAACCUUUUCGCCGAGAAUCUAAACAGAAUACAGAACACAUAGGAAAAGAAAGUGAAAGUGAAAGCGAAAGUAAGGGUAAAAGUAAAAUUUAAAAUGAAGUAAAGUACCGAGAAUGUACCGAAAGAAUGAUAACGAUUUACGAAUACGAAUACUAUCCCCGCAUUUAUGAAACAAACAAAAGAUCCAUGAAAACCCAAAGCAAAAAAAAAAGAAAAGGGAAACACAAUUUGAAACACAAUCUACAAUGUUAAGAGGACAUUUUGAAAGAUAUAUUGCCACGUAUAUCUAUAAAUAUAUGUAUACUAACCCACCAAAUUCAAAGUAUUUCAACGUUUUAUACACACGAAGAGGAUGCGCAGAUCAAUACACCUUCCCCCAAAAGAACGCCCAUGAAAGUCCUAUACCCCCCUAUCUAUCACUAUGCCCCAGAAAACAGCUGAAACUUGAAGAAAAGGAAAGAAAAUGUAAACGAAUACGAAUACGAAAGAGUUUGCUAAAGACCAAAGAAAAAGGACAUCAAAUGAGGGACAAAUCAAGAGAAAAGUGAAAAUAGAAAAAAGAAUUUGAGAGUUGAAUUUUGAAAGAAUUUGUCGCCGGUGGAGGGAAACACACUGCCCGUCAAGUGAUCCACGAGAGUACAUGAAUCUACAA